UGAAGGUUCCGCCUCAGAUUUUCCAAUGAUGGAAGGUUGUGGUUCUCAACAAUCACUCCCUGAAAUGGUUGUUGCUGGUGGGGGAGGUACUUGUUCUAGUAAUUUUCAAAAUGGUUAUUCGGGUAAUUUGGGUUGUGGAGGAUGUGAGACUUCCACAAAUGCAGAACAAACAGAUUUGGCUAGCAGAGCUAUUAUUCCAAUGGAAAUGCAGAACAGAACGGGGGGACAACAACAACCAUCUUUGCGCCCUGCAAAGAGUUUAUCAGACCUGCGUCCGCUUACAUCAGCUCAAGCAACGGCUAUUAUGCCCUAUCAUCACCAACAUAUUCAUGCUGAUCAAAAUGAUCAAUAUAUCCACUCUUUUAGGCGAUUAACGGAGACAGGGGCUUAUUAUAAUAUGUUGAGUAGACAACAGAGAGAUUCUCAGAUAUGUGAAUGGCUACAAAAAUUAAAUGUUAAUAGCGGUGGGGCAGAAACUAGUGGAAGUGAAAGUCCUUCACAAGAGUUUUAUCAACAACAACAAAGGCCACUUUUUCAACGAGCAGAUACAACUGACCAAUAA